AUGGGUGGCCAGAACAGAGAAGGUGGUAAGGUGAAGCCCUUGAAGGCCGCCAAGAAGACUGCCAAGGAUCUCGACGAGGACGACUUGGCCUUCCUUGAGAAGAAGAGAGCCGAGGAGAAGGCUCGCAAGGACAUGGCCUCCAAGGCAGGAGGGAAGGGCCCUCUCAACACUGGCAACCAGGGAAUCAAGAAGAGCGGCAAGAAAUAA